AUGGCUACCACCAACAAGUAUUCUCCGCUGCAUAUGCAGGACUUUGAGCAGAUGCAAAGCGCAGACGGAGAUUCUUCAGCUGCGGAAUCCGGCAGCGAACACCUAGGUGACCACAAUGGCUCUCAAGCGUCUCGCGGGUCCAAAAGGAAGCGCCCGCUGAUGGUGUCAUGUGAACUAUGCAAACAGAGAAAGGUAAAAUGCGAUCGAGCUCAGCCAAGCUGCGGCUGGUGUUCUCGUAACGGCCAAGUCUGUGAAUAUAAAGAAAGGAAGAAACCUGGCCUGAGAGCGGGCUAUGGCAAAGAGCUGGAACAACGACUUGACAGACUAGAGGAGAUUGUUCAGACCCAAGCGCGCUUGAUUGAAACUCAUGUUAUUCAACCUAAUCAACAACCGGCAGGCUCUCACAAAGCACAAGGAGGGGGUGUUCUAUCGUAUGGCUCACCAUCAGACCGUUCCAAUGCAACCGGACCGAGUCCUCAUACAAGCUCGUACAGGGGAGAGUUUUCCGCCUUGCCUACGUCACAACGAGCUCUUGAAUCGACGGCAAACCAGCAUGAUUUGCCUAUGAGAAGCCCCUCAAAUACAUCAGUCAAGCUUGCCAACCAAUCGCGACUCGCUAAUGGGUUGACACAUACGACGCCUCAUUCUCAGGUCCCUGAUGGGGGCAGUGGAGACUAUUCUCACAACGAUUCUUCAUUAAAUGUCCCAGUCAGCCUUUUCAAUAAUCAAGAUCAGUCCCUUGCCCAUCCGGAACUUGCUCUGCCUCCUUACGAUUUAUUAUACGCACUGGUCGAUCUAUAUUUUGAACAUAUUAACAGCUGGUGCCCAAUCCUACACCGAAGAUCGACUCUAGAUACUUUAUUCGGACCGUCUCCAUUAGAAGAAGCAGAUCGGGUUGUUCUUCACGCGAUUGUCGCUACAACUUUGCGCUUUUCCUCCGAUCCACGACUAAAUGACGUGAGUCGUAAGCGGUAUCACGAUUCGUCAAAACAAAAAGUGUUAUUAUACGGCCUAGAAAACUCAUCUGUCAAAUCUAUCCAAGCGCUUGUCAUUCUAGCGCUCGACUUUGUUGGGUCAUCGAACGGUCCCCCAGGAGGGAAACUUCUAGCAUUGAUUUCUCGUUCCGUGGUCCAACUAGGACUGGCAGCAGAGACUGGGUCCUCACUUGUCUCUUCGGUGUAUCCCUCCAUAUAUACUUUAAGGGCAAACGUCCUUUCUGACCCGGAAACCUGGAUUGAAGACGAAAGCCGAAGACGUCUUUUCUGGAUGGUUUACUUAUUAGACCGAUAUUCGACUAUCGCUACUGCGUUUGACUUUGCCUUGGAUGAAAAAGACAUCGAUCGAAAGCUGCCUUGUCGGGACGAAUUCUUCAUAAGAAACCAACCGGUUGAUACCCGAUGGUUUCGUGCAACCGUUGACAGAGGAGAUUACGUCAAACAUGGCGAAAACGUUGGAUCUUUUGGGUUCUACAUUGAAAUACUGGGCGUACUGUCUCGUAUACACCAGUUCCUGAAACGACCUAUAGAUAUUGGAGCCCUUUCUGAUGUCGAAGAAUGGCAAGCAACAUACCGAAAGUUGGACAACGAACUCUCGGCAUGGGAAUACAGCCUACCCACGGAAUAUGCUCACGAGAACUCGGGUAACUCAAAAACAAAGAAGGUCCAGUGUGACUGGGUAAUGCUGCAUAUAACAUACCAAACGACCGUGAUCCGUCUGCAUUCGUCUGCUGCAUACCCCACGACGCGAUCCCCAAUUUUCACACCAUCGUACAGUGCUAGUCAGCGUUGCUUGGUGGCCGUGGAUAACGUCGUAUCACUUACUCGAUUUGCUGUGGAGAAUUCUAUGGUUGAAAAGCUAGGCCCCGCAUUUGCAUUUUCUCUCUGGGUUUCUGCCCGGUUAUUACUCGUGCAUGGGUCCACCAUUGCGCGCACUCUGAGCCCAGACAUCUACUUAUUUGUUGACACACUGGCACAAAUGGGAAGAUACUGGAAAGUCGCGGAGCGCUACAGCACGAUUCUGAAACGUGUUCUCGACGAAUACAUUGAGCACGAACAAACUGGGGGAGCGGAGGCAGACCGUGCCACCCCAUCGACAGUCAAAAUCCUGGCUGACAUGAGACGCUGCGCAUUUGAUCUGGAUUUCUUGAUAUCUCGCCAGCCCCAACACGACUCAUCCAGAACUAGGAACAAGCACAAUGGACAGGCGCCAGUUACUCCUACUGGCAGGAACCUAACAAGUAAUGAUUUCGAAUAUCUCGAUGUCUUCGGGUUUUUCAACGUGCCCCGUGUACCCAACAUGCCGACACCACUACAAACUUUGGGUAUUAACGAAAUUAGCAAUCCUAUGUCAAUACAUGGUCUCACAUCGGCAGCGAGUAAUAACGAGUUUAAUAUCACCAACUAUUUAAUCCCCACGCCAGAAACUGAUUGGCUGUUUCAACCGACUGCAUGA